AUGAACUCGUUUGACGAUGAGCAGCUGCCUUUGACUCAGGGGUUCGGAGACCUCAGCCUUGGGAACGAUUACUACAGCCCCAAACCGGGACUCGCAUUCGAAGAACCUCCGUCCCCCAUGAUCUCCUCCGAGGGCAUCAUUGCCCAAGAAAUUACCGAUAAAUUCUUAUCUGCGGCUGCGAAACUAGAACCAGGUGAACUUGUGAAGGAUGGUUUCUUUACGCUGUUUGAGUCCGUCGGGGCUCUCGAGGUCAUGGAUCCAAAGAUGGAUAGUGGGUGUCUAGCGCCUGGAGAGUCUUUGGACGAUGACUACGAUGUUUCCCGGCUGCUAUCUCCGAGUGAGGUUAUUGGUAUUAUUGACCAGCUGUUCUCGCUAGAGAUGGCCUGGCAUCUCGGAUACCCCCUUUCCCAAACACUCUUCACAAGCGUCUACGUGGAAAAGUUACAACACCCCAACCCAACAACGAUUCAUGACGCCGACUUCAUUAGGGGCCAUGCUGCUGAUUCGCCACGGGACCCCAUGCAUACGGUUCUAAGAGCGUACUGUUUAGGACUGCUCAAGGCAUGCUACUUCGUCAAUGAGCGCAUCAAGUCCGAGCACAUAUAUGAGGAAGAAGAUUUUGUGACCAACACGUACAAUCGCUCGCUGCUGGAGUCCCUCAACCGCUCUGACAUCUACGACGAGAUUGUGACCGCCCGCCAGGUGCUUCGCGACACGCAUCACACCGAGACCAACGAACUCGCUCAGGCACUAGACUUCCGCCUCCAGUUCCGCCUCGCUUUCUUGCGCGCCAUCGAGCUGUCCGAACUGCGCACCGACCCGGCCUCGCUGACUCCGCCAUGGGCGGAGAUGCAAGCGGUUUGGAGCAAAAUUAGCAAGACCCGUGAUCUCGGCUCAGCUGUCCCAGGGGCGUUCAGCACUAAGAUCCAGCGCCGUCUAGCGAGCACGAUGCCACCGCGGCCGAUCGUGCAACCAAGUGCUCAGGAGACGCAGCGACAUUUUGAGAAGCUCAUCGAGGACGGGAUGAGUGUGCUUAACGUGUUGAAUUAUACCGACUCGCAGAGCCUGCUUAAAUUCGUCUUGACGUUUCAGGCCCAAAAGCCGCAGCCGAUGGUGUACGUCCGGGCGUUGUUACAAAACUUCCUCUUCCAUGACAUGAUCAUUCUCGGCCAACUUAGCAUCCGUCGGGUCAUGGAUGACGACCUAUCGAUCGUAGUGCUCCCCGAUAGCAUCCUCUUGGAUCCCAUAAACGACACCAUCGAAGCCCCACACCAGCCGCGCUUCAUCAUAGCUAGCCACAUGGAGAUCUUUCGUCAACGCGCCGCCCAGUCGUAUCUCGACAUCUUUCGCGCAUUCUGCCAGAAUCGUUGCCGUGUCCGCCGCACCCUGUUCCACUCGCUACAGGACUGGGAAAUGCUGCAGGCUGAGGCCGAAGAAAUCGACGAGCUGCUACAACCGCACGCCGACGAGAAACUCCUCGUCUAUCCCCCGAGGACCGGCGGUAUACCCACGGGCUCUAUGCCUCUGUCGUCCUGGGCCUACCACUACAAACUCCAGCUGAUGCAGUGGACAGUCCAGCUCGGGUUCGAGCUAGAAAUAUACCAACCCAACGAGCUAGCAAGCAUGUACUGGUAUCUGGCGUAUCUCGCGCAAACCCACAUCUACCACAUCGAUCGCAUCAAGUUCUUCACCACACACCGUCUAGAGACUACACACCCGACAUCACCACAGUAUCCCCGUUCCCAGGCCUUCCUCGAACACACCCACGCUCUCACCCGCGCCACAUUCUCCCUCGCUCUUGCCCUCAGCACCCUCUACACAGCCCUCGCCCGUCUCGGCCUUCUGCCCUCCCUCACAACAUCAUCCUCCCCCCUAGCGCCGCCGGCCUCGUCUUCCAGCCGUCCGUAUAGCACCGAUGCGCUCCGCCACGAGAUCCGGAUGAAACCGUUUGCCUCUGUUAGUCUGCCCGACCUGCCGUCGCAUGAGAUGAUGGUGCAGGCGACGACGAGGGGGGGGAUGAGCAGCACGGCGGGGUUGUUGGAGGAAGUGAAGGGCAGCGUGGCGAAUGUGAGACGACAGCUGGGGGUACUGGCUGCUUUGGCCGGAGAUGACGGGGAAGAAGGGACCAAGAGGCGUGAUGAUAAUGGGGUAGCGGGAGAAUGGAGUACGGCGAACGGGAAUAAGGUAUUUGCGGUGGGAUGUUUGGACCGAUGGAAGGGACAGGUGGUGGAGGGUUGGAUGAAGGCUGUUGUGGAGAUCGAGGAGGUGGUGGAGAGGGUGAGCAAGGCGGAAAAUGAAACCAAGGGUGGUGGGGUGAAAGGAGAAGGGGUAGUAACGAGGUUGAAGCUGAAGGUGCCGCGACCUAGUGAGGCGGGUCACGAGUGGUGGAUUGUGCCGAGGAUCGUUAAGGAAUAG